AUGGCGUUCGAAAGCCGGCUGCGUGGCACCGCGGCACUACUUGAAGAGGCAAAGCGCUCUGACUCUCGUGGUUUAGCCUUGUUGGAGGAACUCCUCGUGGCCUUCGGGAAACGUGAUGCCCCAGGACUCUCUGAGCAUGAGCGGCAUCGAAUUGCGGCCGAGGACGUCGAGCCUCUGUUGGAAUUGCUGCAAGAGGUGGUCAGCGCCAGCGGCCAAGCUGCCGCUGCUCUGCACCACGCCGCACGGAGCCAGGUGGAGGGAGGCGCCUCGGACGCUUCAGCCGAGGAGGUCAAGAGCUUGUUCCAAGCUGCUGAUUUCGUGGAACAAGAUGCCCAGCUCAAGGAUACAGUUGUUAUAUUGGCCGAGCCGAGCAAACCAGACUACAUCCGGGACGUGAAUGCUCUUGCUUCGACCAUGGCCGCGCUAGCCAAGCACGUGGAGAUCCCGCACCCGGAGGAUGAGGAGCCCAUCUGUUCUCCACGCAGCGCGGUUCGGGUCCAGUUCGCGCAGGACAGCCCACGAUCUCGCCCCAGCCAAGAUGGCCAGUUACCAGCACUUUUGGCACAGCAUCAUCGGGAGCUCAUCCGAAAACUUGAGGUUCAGGAUGACGUCUUGAGCCAGAUCCUGUUGAAGUGUGUGCGUGACAGCCGUGAGCAGAAAUCUGGCCUGCAGAGCCCUUCCCGAGUAUCUUCUCAACAGACUCUGGAUAUGGAGCGCAUGUCGAACCACUCAGAUGAAGCGGGCUGGGUGAUGCCCUUGCCGACCAAAGUGACGAGUGCCGACUUGCUGCCAGACGAGCACGAUGAAGACGAGCCCCACCAUCCAACGGAGCACGCUUUCCACAAACGUCCGAGUGUGCAGUUCUCGGAACGCAGCUCCCGGCUUUCGUUUACCCCUCGAAGCACCUUCACACCCAAGCUGUUCACCACGUUCUCGCAGGCGGACUUAAAGCUCCGGGAAAGUGCCGACCACGCACAGGGGAUCAACUCCAGGAAGCGCUUCGCCAGCUGCAAGGGAACAAGCCUGGAGCACAUGAAAAGCCCGGAGAACUGCUGGCAGUGGCUUGUCGGCCAUCCCCUCUUUGAUUGGUUCUUUGCAACAGUGGUGCUGCUGAAUGCUGUUUUCAUUGGCGUGGACGUGCAGAUGAGCAUCGGCUCCAUGGAAAUUCGGCCGAUGCAAAUCCAGGUGAUGCAGUACUGCUUCACUGCUCUCUUCACCAUCGAGUUGGCUUUGCGCUUUGUGGCUAAUGGCGUGCGGCUGUUCUGCCUGGAGGACUGGAUGUGGAGCCUGCUGGACGUGUUCAUUGUGGCGACAUCCCUUUGGGAGAUCAUGGUGGACAUUGUGACAGCCCUCGAAGCUGUGAACGGCAAUAUGGAAAAGAUCGCUGGGAUCUCCAGCUUGAAGGUCUUCCGGAUCAUACGCAUAACGCGGAUCGUGAAGACAAUACAACUGAUGCGCGUCUUCCGGUUCGUGAUGGCCUUCCGAACGCUGAUCUCCUCCAUCAUUCACACCUUGAAGGCGCUGUUCUGGGCGCUGAUUUUGUUGCUCCUCAUCGUGUACGUGUUUGCGGUCUUGUUCACGCAGGCUGUGAAUGCUCACAUUUACGAUCCGGAGGCAACCUCAAUGUCCGCGGCCAACUUGGAGUUCUCGGCGAAGUAUUUUGGUUCGCUGCCGGACACAAUGCUCAGCUUGUUCAUGGCAAUCGCCAACGGUGUGAGCUGGGAAGACAUCUUGGCUCCAUUGCGAGCGAUUUCCAGCGCCUGGGUUCUGCUGUUUCUCUUCUACGUGGCGUUCACGUAUUUUGCUGUGCUGAAUGUCGUAACCGGCGUUUUUUGUCAGUCCGCAAUCGACAGUGCGCAGAAUGACCACGCAACGCUUGUGCAAUCGAUGCUGGCCAACAAG